AUGCCUAGCAAGCUCCGUGACAAUGUGUCUCGCGUGAAAAAGUUCAAUCCAUUGGGCAUAUUGACAUUUAUUGGGCUACGUGCGGCCGAUUCUCUUUUCCAGUACGCUCUGCUUCAGCGAGGCUGGGCAUCCAGCUUGAUCGAGCUCGUCGGUGCUACAGCCGUGAAUCGCAACCUCAUUGUUCAUGACUCGACGGGUCAACUGCACCCUUAUUAUGCUAUUAUUUCAUACAUGGCUUUCGGUAGCAGUGUGAAGCAGAUUUUGAACGCCCUGCUCGUCUUGGAACAAGAAAUGUCACCAUCAUCAGCAAUUGCCAUUGCGUUCUUCAACACUGUAUGCAACUCGCUGAAUACUAUCCUAUCGGUCUGGGUGGUUACGGCACAGGCGCCGGGCCGGCUAAGCUUCUCUGGCAUUCUUCAGUAUCGACUUUUGCUUGCUGGUGUCGGGUUAUACAUGGGCGGUAUUCUUGUAGAGGCCGCCUCGGAACUACAAAGACGAUCCUUUAAGAAAGAUCCCACCAACAAAGGAAAGCCGUAUGCUGGCGGAUUAUUCUCUGCAGCAAGACAUAUCAACUACGGCGCUUACACGAUUUGGCGAGCCGCGUAUGCAUUCACCUCGGGUGGCUGGGCAUGGGGGAUUGCCGUCUUCUCGUUCAUCUUCUACGACUUCGCGACUCGGGGUGUUCCAGUUCUUGACAAAUAUCUUCUGGAUAGGUAUGGUGAACAGUGGCAGGCAAUCAAGGACCGCGUUCCGUAUCGUCUGAUUCCUGGCAUUUACUGA